UAUCGCCUUGCCGACCAAACACGAUUUGUGAGUUUAAAUUCCAUAAAUAAAUUUCGAAUCAAGGAAUGGAAUUUUGGUUAACUUGAUGGUAAUUUUUGAAUUCUUGUUGUUAUAAUGGUGCCUUUGGCUGUAUUUUGUUUCUAACGUAAUAGGGUAAUUAACAUUUAUUAUAUCUCUGCUUUUGCUUCUAUCUACCCAUAACUGUUUUCAAAAUUGGAUUGUAAGCUUAGUCUUUUUAUCUGAUUACUGAAGCAUACGAAUUUAAAAUAAAAUGGAUAAAGUGGACAAAUUAUAUCAAAACUAUGACAUCUUAGCUGAGGCUAAGGAUAAAACCUCUGAGCAUGAGAUGCUGUAUCUAGAAAUUAUACAAGCUGUAAAAGGCGAUACGAGUGAAAAAAUGUUAGCAUGCCAGUUUAUUCCUCGCUUCUUGAAAGAUUUCCCAAGCUUGGCAGAAACUGCACUAGAUGCUCAGCUGGAUUUAGUAGAAGAUGAAGAUGUUGCGAUUCGUAAAAAUGCCGUGAAAUAUUUACCAAGUUUUUGUAAGGAAUCGAAGGAAUUUAUCACCAAGAUUUCUGAUAUAUUGACCCAAAUGUUACAGUCUGAAGAUACAAGCGAAGUUGCGACUAUCCAUACUGCUUUGAUGACCAUACUGAAAAUUGAUAUCAAAUCGACUCUCGAUGGUGUAUUCCUUCAAAUUGCUUCUACUGAAGAAGAUACUAUCCGUAAACGUGCUAUACAGUUUCUAUGUACAAAAUUCAAAUUCCUCCCACCAGAACUUACUACAAAAGAUGUAGAAGAAUUUGUGCUAGAAAAAUGCAAAGCAUCUUUCCCAGAAAUAGGAGGUGAUGACUUUUUAACCCUUAUGCCUUUACUUUCAAAUCUAAAGAUAGCUAAAACUGUACCAGUCCAGCAAACUUUAGUUAACUUGAUUGCAGAACAAGCUGAAUUGGAUGCAGAAUUUCAACCGUCUCCUGAUAAUGUAGCUGGUUUUUUGCAAUGUGUCCGUUUGGCUCUUCCAUAUUUCUCAGCUUUCAUUAGCUCAACUCCUUUUGCUAACUACAUUUGUUUGUAUGUUGUUACAAAGCUGGAUGAAAUUGAAGAAUUAGAAAGUGGGCCUGAGUUGAGUCUUGAUGUUAUUAAAUUAUUGGCUGAGCUAUCUCCAUUUCUUACAGAAGAUGACCAAAAUAAAGAAUGUGCUGAAGUUAUUCAUAAAAUCCUUUUGGAAUAUAUUCCUUUACCUCCAGCAACUGAUCUGGAAAAUGGUUCUCAGUCAGAUGAACCUAAUUUGAAAUUUACUCACAUAGAGUGCUUAUUAUAUAUUUUUACUCAUUACCUAAAGCAUUGCCCAGAAUUUCUAACAGCUGCUGAUAAUUCUCACCGGUUUAAGGAUCUUAAGACUCGGUUACAGUUUUUAGCUCGAGGAGUUCAGAAUGGUAUUAAAACAUUUCGUGAAUCUUUGGUAAGCAAUAAAUCUAAAGAAACUAAAGCAGAAGAAACAAAGAUGAAAGCAAUUAUAUUACGUACUAUGAAUAAUAUCAAUUCUUUGAUUAAAGAUCUCUUCCGCACGCCUCCAACUUUCAAGACUGCAGUUACUCUUUCUUGGAAACCAGUGUCUACUUUGUCUAACAAAACUCCAAUGACUUCGGCUGGCAUUAAACGUGAAUCUGAUGGAGUUACUUCUGAUGAAAAGAAAGUGUCCAAGAGAGAUCCAAAGUCUGUACGAGAAUUGUAUCAACCACCAGGUGGUAAAUACAGUACCAAUGUUAAUUUCUCUCGUUCAAGAGGUUCAAACUAUUAUUCACGAGGAAGGGGUGGUAAACGAUUUUAUUGAUAUUGUAAAAAAGAAAUAUUUUCAAACAUCUUUUUUCUUUAAUCUGCACCCAUUCAGCAAGCAAUAUAUCAUUUUCUCUUGAUAAACUGCAUUUAUAUCAUUCAUUCAUAUAUACUACCUUUGAUCAAGGAUAUUCAAUUUUGUAUUUCAUCUAAGAAUUUUUUUUUUUUUCCCAGAAGAACAAUUUGGACUUAAUGUAUGUUUAACAAAAAGCUAAAAUUUGAGAAAUAAGUUCUGGUAUUUAUAAAUAAAAUUUCUGCUUUGGUUAAAUAUAAUUUUUUCUGUUAAAGAUUAAACUAAAUAUUUCUUUGAUUGUCUAUUUAAAUAUUUUUUAAGGAAGUUUGGUAUUUUAUUAUUUAGUUGAUGUAAUUUGAUUAUUACAUAGGUAUCCUGUUUUACUGUAUGAAUUGCAAGAUCGUAGUGACCUUCAAGUUUUUGUCAUAUGGUACCUAUUUGUUAUUAUACUUGCUGUUUGGAAUAAUUUGACUGUGGUGUAGUUGAAAAAAAAAAUUAUCAUUACUUUUUUUAUAUAUACAAUAUGCAUAAUUUUCAUUUCUUGAAGGGGUAAAGAUAUAUAUACUUUUUGCUGGCUUCUGAUAAAUUAUAGCUCUUGUAUAAUAUUUUUAAAAGCAGUUCAUUAAUUCCCUGAGCCAGACAUUUCCCUUCCUCAUUUUGAGAAAUUUAUUUACCAGUUUUUUUUAUGCGCAUCUUAUCAGUAGAAUUAUUGAAGAUGUCAACAAUUUGGAUAUGGGACAUUCUAUUUGCUAAGAUAAUUAUUUCAAAAUUUGAUUUGUUUAUUUUAUUAGUUGCUUUUAUGUUAAAACUAUCUACUAAAUCUUGUGUCCAAUGGUGUAACUUGACAAUAAACUGAAUAAAUGUAUAGUAAUCAUAUUUAAAAAAACUAAAAGAUGCAAGUUUUACAAUAAUUUUUAAAAGGUGAAAGAAUGCAAUGUGAAUAAUAAUAAUUUCUGUAUCUUUUAUACAGAUAAUUAGUUUGAGAAAAAAAGAAGUUAUCUAAAUGUUCUAAUUUACAGACUUCUAUAAUUUCAAUAUUGAAAAUGUAUCUUUUAAAACUGUUUAAACCAUUUCAUAAAUGUGUAAUAAUAACAUCCAUACAAUUUUUUUGUAAACUUUUUUUUUCAUUGUAACUUAAUAAACAUAGAAUAAUUUAAAUGAAAUUAGCUUUUAUUAUUAUUAUUUUAAUUAGAUGUAAAAAUAAUCCAUAGAAGAAUUUUUUCUCUGAAAAUGGAAGAAUUGUAUUACAAAAUGUGAAAUAUUGGAAAAAAGUAAAACUUCAUAAAAGUAUUUGAAAGGGGGAGAGAUGAAAUUAUUAGAUCCUCUCUCAUUCUGAGAAAAAAACUAGAAAUUAUAUACACUUCGUGUUAAUCACAAAUAAUUUUAGCUCAUAAAUUAAUUACCUUAAUAUCUAUUUUAAAAUUGCUAAUUGAAUUUCUCUCUGUGACAUUAAUUGAUUUUUUUAUGGUUUGCAUUAAUAAAGGGAGGAAAUUGCAGUCAGCAAAAAAGAAUUCAAUAAUUCCAUUUGAGUUGCCUCAAUUUUUAAUUUUUUCAACAAUCUUCUCAUAUUGUUAUAUGAAAUUAUUUAUUUCUAUAUAAAGACUAGCAAUACUUAAAUCUCUGAGUGUUUAGAAUGAAAAUAGCUUUCAAAACCCACUAGAAUGAGCUUGAGAUUUGGUAUGUUAGACAGAACACUUGAAUUUUAAUGUAGAUUCAUUAAUUAUAUUUAAAGGUAAAUUUUGUUUUUAAAAAGUUGUGUAUUUUAUUUGAUAUUAGUAUUCAGUAAAUUUUAAUUUUGUAUCAUAACAGGAAACUAUUCAGGUUUCGAUUUAUGUAAUGUUUAAUAGAAAUAGUAACAUUAACAUCUUGUAUUUUCCAAUAUUCCUUUUUCAUGAACUUCAUGUACAAAUAU